AUGUCUUCGUGGGAUAUCCAACGAGGAACGAGACGAGAAUGUAAAGACACACUAUAUUCGGAUACAGCUUGCAACUACACCAAGAAUAAGGCCAAGCCCGUUCGUUUCUGUGUUGUGAUUCGAGUUUCGAUUAAAUCUGGCAGCAACGUUCCAGACUUCAGCGCGACGUUCCUGACGUUCGAUCUCAAUGCCGAUCUGAAUACAUUGUUCAACUGGAGUGUGAAGCAGCUAUUUCUGUAUCUAGCGAUCGAAUACCAGACGGAACUGAACGAGCUCAAUCAGGUGGACAAAAUCAUCCUGCGAAGCGAAAACGGUCUGCUGGACUUCAAGAACAUGAUCAACAAGUACUACUUCUGGGACGAUGGCAAUGGUUUGAAGGGGCACCAGAACGUGACGACGACCCUUUCCUAGAACAUCGUUCCAAAUGCAAGACUGCUUCCGAAUGUUUUUGCUCGCGGACAUCAUUCGCUCAAGUUCUCGGAAACCUACAAGCCGUCGCCUGUCUAAAUUUUCCUUAGUUCUUCAGUUAUGCAAGUUUAGU